CGUGUACUCCAGUUGACCACAGGGAGCAGCAGCCAGAGAGGCCGGGCACUCCCCCAUCUCCCUGUUAGCUUCGCAUCGCUUGCGGCUUCACCUUCGGUGGUCUGCGGCCAUGAAGCUCCUUUUGCUGACUUUGGCUACGCUGCUGCUCUUGUCCCAGCUCACUCCAGGUGACACCCAGAAAUGCUGGAAUUUUCAUGGCAAAUGCCGCUACAGAUGUCACAGGAAGGAGAGGGUCUAUGUUUACUGCACAAAUACUAAAAUGUGCUGCGUGAAGCCCAAAUACCAGCCCAAACAAAAGCAUCGGUUAUUUUAAGCGCUUUGAAGCCGGACGCCGUGAAAAUGCAGGAGAAGCUACCCUGAGUCUAAGCCCAGUGGAUGCUCCCGCUCUAUCAAUAAACACCUCCACUGA